AUGAAGUCCGCGGCCAGCUCGCGCGGGGGUGGGUCUGGGGGGCGCGGGGGCGGCGGCUGGGGCGGCGGCUGGGGCGGCGGCUGGGGGGGCGGCAAGGGCGGAGGCGGCGGCGAUGGCGGCGGCCCGGGCGCCAAGGGCUUCGGGACGCGGGCGCGCGGCUCGGGCGGAGGCCGGGGCCGGGGGCGCGGGGGCGGCGGGCAGCGGCGCGGCGGAGCGGCCAAGAGCAAGAGCCGCCGCAGGAAAGGCGCCACCGCGGUGUGCGUGGAGCCGCACCGGCACGAGGGCGUCUUCAUCUACCGCGGCGCGGAGGACGCGCUGGUCACGCUGAACAUGGUGCCGGGACAGUCGGUGUACGGCGAGCGGCGGGUCACGGUGAGCGAGGGCGGCGUGAAGCAGGAGUACCGCACGUGGAACCCCUUCCGCUCCAAGCUGGCCGCCGCCAUCCUGGGCGGGGUGGACCAGAUCCACAUCAAGCCCAAGGCCAAAGUGCUGUACCUCGGCGCCGCGUCGGGGACCACGGUGUCGCACGUCUCCGACAUCGUCGGCCCCGACGGCCUGGUCUACGCCGUCGAGUUCUCCCACCGCGCCGGCCGCGAUCUGGUCAACGUGGCCAAGAAGCGAACCAACAUCAUCCCGGUGCUGGAAGAUGCCCGGCACCCGCUCAAGUACCGCAUGCUCAUCGGGAUGGUGGACGUGAUCUUCGCCGACGUGGCGCAGCCCGACCAGUCCCGCAUCGUGGCCCUGAACGCCCACACCUUCCUGCGCAACGGGGGCCACUUCCUCAUUUCCAUCAAGGCCAACUGCAUCGAUUCCACCGCGUCUGCCGAGGCCGUGUUUGCCUCCGAGGUGAAGAAGUUGCAGCAGGAGAACUUAAAGCCUCAAGAGCAGCUGACCCUGGAGCCCUACGAGAGGGACCACGCCGUGGUGGUCGGGGUCUACAGACCCCUCCCCAAGAGCGGCAGCAAGUAGCGCCCAGCUCAGGCUGCUCCACCCCCCACCCCCUCCCCAGAUCGCCCCAGGACUGCUGUGUUCAGCGUUACUGUGUGUGUGCUGUGUGUGGUGUUUUCCUUACUUUCGUU